AUGAAAGACGACCAUGAAGAUAAUAUAUCGAGAAAUUUUUUAAAACAAAGAAUAAAAAAUGUGAAAAAUAUUUUAAUUAAGGAAAAUGAAAUGCCUAAAAUUGAUCAAAUCUUCAAGUAUGAACUGAAAUCAGAUUUAACCGAAAUAAAUGACCUACUGCAUUACGUAAAUGGAAUUAUAUACAAAAAUGUAGAUACAUUUCAGAAACUCAUAUUGUUGUAUUCCUAUGACGAUAAUAAUGAUUACAAUACCUCCAAUGUUAAGCAAAACACCUUUGUGUACCUACUGAAACAAAAAAUUAAAUUUAGAGAAAAAUAUAAAAAUGAAAACUAUGUAGACUACUUAAAAACAAAUCCGCUCAUUUUUAUUGAUACCCUUAACAAAUUAUUGAUAAUACCAGGCAUAGCCUUUGAAUUUAAGGUGUAUAAUUUUGACGAAAAGGUCAAUAAAUAUUUUAUCAGAAAAUCAGACAUAAAAAGUAACACCCUAUAUAACCCUUGCUUCCUUAAAUUCAGAAAUGGCCAUUUUAAAAAUAUCAUCAAAGUCUCCAGAAAAGCAGACAAGAGUAGUACCAGAAAGAGUGACAAGAAGAAUGACCAAAAAGGGGAAAAGCAAAAUGAUAAGCACAACGAUAAGCAAACUGGCAAGCUAUGUGGUCAACCAGAUGGAAAACAAAACGAACAUCACAUUGAAUCAUAUUUUGAGAAAAGAAACACACACUCAAACUCCAAAAUGUUAACUACCAAUUUGGUUUCAAAAGAAGAUGUGAAUUUGAAAAACGAACAACAUAUCCAUCAUGAAAAACACAGCUGUCAGGAAACAAAAUGUCAACCUGAAAUUACCCAUAUAGACGACGACUCAGACAAGAAGCAAAACGGAGAAAUAAACCAGAAAAUGCAGCUACCUAGUAACGAUAGCUGCAAAAAUGAUAAUAAUUCCGUGGCUCCUGCUGCCUCUUCUGAUGAUGAAAUGAAAGAAGGGGGUAAAAGGGAACGGAAAAAGCGAAAAAAUUCCAACAUGUCCUGUAUCUUGGAAAGCAACAGUACCACGCAAUACAACAAAAAAUAUAAAACGCAUAAUACUAACAACGGAGUGAAUAAGGAGAGUAGCGAAACUGUCUGCUCGAUGGGGUUAAAAGAAAAAGCGGACAGUGCGGAUUAUGUGGAAGAUACAGAAGUAACCGCAGAAUAUGAAGGGGAGGAAGAAGAGGAACAGGAAAAUGAAGAAGACGAGGAGAAGGAGAGGGAAGAAGAAUACGAAUACGAAAGUAGCCGCAACGAUGACAAGAGCAACAAUAAGAGUCCACAAUUCUUUUACAAUUUGGUGAACGAAUAUGAAGUAUACAUAAACAACGUCAAGUGCUACAUAGUGUUUGAUUUAAAGAGUUGUUAUAAGAAUUUAGACAUUAUGAAAAAAUUAAAAAAAAAUUUAGAAGAGUUGAAAAAGCCAAAUAACGUUUUCAAAGAAAUCAUUAACAAAAAAACAUUUAAAUCGUCUAGGGACAAAAUUGAAUUCAUAAAACGAUUUAAAAAAAUGAUUAUUCCUAAUUUUAGAAUAGAAAAAAUAAGAAAACAAAGGAACCACUUAAUUAUUAUCGAAUUAAUGUCAAAGGUACAAAACAGUUUAAUAAUAAAAAGACUGUACCAAGAAUUAACAAACAAAGUCAAUUUGCAUGAUUUAAUAAAAAACGCGGUUCAUAUAUUCACCAAAUCUGUAGAAAACAUGAAAAAUCAAGAUGUAAAAAACUUCUAUCUAAGCAUGAUUAAUACCUAUUUUCAAAAUAACAAUUUAUCUGCUAUAGAUUUUAAAAAUUUGGUGCAAUUAUUUAAAAAAAAAGAAGAGAAUCUAAAAAAUGAAGAAUUUUAUAAUUUGUUCCAAAACGAUCUAAAUUAUUUAGAAAAAAACAAAAAACAAUGUGAUGAAAUAGAGGCAAAAAUUAACUCCCUAAAAUAUCUAAUAUUAGAGUCCAUACUAAAAGAAAAACAAUUAGAAAGAUCAGUAAAUAGACUACUCUUAAAUCAUGAGCAAUCAAAGUAUGGUUAUUUUUAUAAAGUGGAUCAGAGUGAUGAUAACACUUUAGACACUACUGAAUAUGGAAAACUACUGGAAAAUUUCUCCAAGGAACCCAUCAAUUUUUAUACCAUUCUCAAUAAAAGAAAUCUGGACAAACAUGCAUAUCAUGACAUAAGAAAUUUUAACUACAAAAAAAAAGAUAACGAUGAAGAAGCGUUAAAACACGACGCAACUACAUCCAGUCACAACCAAGUCAAUAAAAGCAUCAGAACAUCUUGUGAAAAAUGUAAAUUGGACGCAGAAGGAGAAGAAGAAAACCAGACAGAAAACAAAAGCAAAAAAGACGAACACACCAGUUCCAGCGCUAAAAACCAAAAUAGGGACAGUGACUCAUCGGGUAAUGCAAAUAAAUCAUCAGAAAAUCAAUGUGCAAGUCUAAAGGAAAAUAUUCAAAGUGAGAUUAGCAAAAAUGACAACCGUAGCAUGCUCAAGGAAGAAGCCCAAAACGGAGAAAAAGAAGCACCUGAUAAUAGCAACAAUCAGGGGGACCAUUACAAAUACAAAAUUAAAGAAACAAACUGUGAUGAUAAAAAUGAAGAGAAGAAAGACCAAUACGAUAAAAAAAUUAACUGCUCCCAAAUUGUUGAAAGCAAAAAUACACAAAAUUCAAGCACAACAAUUAACAAUGGAAAAAGAAAUGAAGUAUGUAAGGAAGAAAAUUGUCGUCAUAAAAGAAAAGAUUCUGUAAAGAACUGCACAUACAAAAACACAAAGGAAGCAGUGUUUAAAAAAUCGAGCAGCUGUGAAAAUAAAAAACAAACAAAUUUUAAAGAAAAAAAUAAAAACCUGGAAGAUGAAAUGCCAAGUGAGCAUGAAACUGAAUGCGAAAGAGACAUCAUUAGGUCUACAUGUGAAAAAAAAAACUUUACAUUUGCCAAUGAAAAACAAGAAAAAAUAAAUAACGAAAUAUUUUACAAAGUAUUUGAGCAAUACCCGUACAGUUUCUUUUCCAAAUCUGUCAAAAACUAUAAUAUAAUUUUAAAUGAGAAUAAAGAAGAAUCCGAAUUAUCCUGGUUAACGAUGCUAAAAAAAAAAACUCAUAAUAAAUCUAUUUUGCCACCAAGCAGAGACACAUUUAGAGAUGGUACACAUUUUUCCAAUUGCCGUGCAACGGAACAUACGUUGAAAUUCUUUCUGUCUCUUUUAUCCCUAUUGACAAAGAGCGAUAUUGACAUCAAUCUGAAGCAAUACUUAAAGAAAAACAUUCAAUUUCUAAAUACGGAACUAUUUAGUAUGAAACUAAAUUUAGAUAAAAAAAGGGCCAUACUUGAAAAACGACUAGACCAUUUCAAUUUUCAGGAGAACUCUGAAUUCUCCUUUUACAAUCCAUUAAAAAUGAAUAUACGUAUGAUGAAUUUAAUCGGAAGAGGAGGCUUCGCAGAAGUGUGGGAAGUUUUCGACUCCAUAAAUUUAGAAAUGUAUGCAGCCAAAAUUCACAAAAUUAAACCCAGCAUGACCAACGAAAUUAAAAAUAAAAUCAUUCAGAGGGCGGAAAAUGAAAUAAAUAUCCAUAUUCACUGCCAUAGACACAUUUUUAUAGUAAAAUUAGAAUUUUUCUUUGUCUUUGGAUCUGCAACCAACUUACUAGUUGGUAUGGAAUUAUGCGAUAUAGAUUUAGAUAAGUAUAUCAAAUAUCAUGGCCCAAUUAAUGAACUUUUAGCCCUAUGUUGGGUUAAACAAAUAUUACUUGGUCUCUUAUAUAUGAAAACGUUACCCACAGGAAAGGUUCACCAUUGUGAUUUAAAACCAGCUAAUCUGUUAAUAAAAGAUGGAAUAAUAAAAAUAUCUGAUUUUGGACUUGCUAAACUGAUUCUACCCGAUACCUAUCAGUACUAUAACGGGGGGGGGACUCUAUAUUAUCAACCACCCGAGUGCUUAAGAAAUAAAAAGAACCUUCCCAUCACAGACAAAAUUGACAUAUGGUCACUAGGAUGUAUUCUCUAUGAAAUGCUUUUCUGUGAAAGACCCUUUCAAUUUAAUUAUCUUGAGAAAUGUUCCAAAGAAUUGUUAGUUAACAAAAUGAAAAGAGGAUUAAGUUACCCAAAAAUUAACCAACAAAUUUCAGACGUAACCCUAAAUUACAUACAGUAUUUGCUAAAUUUUGAUUAUGAAUUUAGACCCUCCAUAGAGGAGGCCUUAGCCUAUCCCAUCUUUAAUUUUUUUCGUAUACCUUAA